AUGAAGCGCUUCAGCCAGAGAGUUCUCUCGCGUGGAAAAGAUUCCAGCAAGUCAUCUAAGAAGAACAAGGAUUCCAAGGAUGGCACCGCGUCUCCCUCAUCACGGGACUCUAACCAGUCUCCCGUCCUAACGCCAUCAUCCUCCACGUCGACACUCAACGACAUCCGCAACAAACCGUUGCCCUCAAACAAUGGAGGUCAAGGGAGCGAUCACGCCGGCGCCUCGCAGCCUUCCAGCCUCUCCAAUGUCACACAGGCUGGCGAGGAUCGCUUUGGAGCCACCAGCCCCAACGGAAGCUCAAGACUGCCUCCAACUGUCAUCAUCAGCCCUACCCCCGGACACGUUCCUCCACCUGGAGCCGCCGAGACGAUGCCGCACGACCUGGCACCUCCCAAGGCUGGGCAGAAGUCUCUUUUGAUUCACAGGGGAAUCGAUAACCGAGAUGCGAUCCCCGAGGGCCUGCGAACCCCCAAGCGACAGCACUCUUCCCGAUUCGACAUCUCUGCUCACCGUGAGCUGGAGAAGCUUCCCGGCUUCCACGAGGUCCCCCCGAACCGACGACAGGAGCUCUUCAUGCAAAAGAUCGAUCAGUGUAAUGUCAUAUUCGACUUUAAUGAUGCGAGCGGCGACAUGAAGUCCAAGGAGAUCAAGCGACUGGCUCUGCACGAGCUUCUUGACUAUGUGGCCAACAACCGACAGGUCAUUACCGAGCCCAUGUAUCCCAAGGUCGUCGACAUGUUCGCCAAGAACCUGUUCCGACCCAUCCCGCCACCCAUGAACCCCCAAGGCGAGGCUUUCGAUCCGGAGGAGGACGAGCCCGUUCUGGAGGUUGCUUGGCCCCAUAUCCAGGUCGUCUACGAGUUCUUCCUGCGCUUCAUCGAGAGCCAGGAUUUCAAUACCAACAUUGCCAAGGCGUACAUUGACCACAGCUUCGUCCUGCAGCUCCUGGAGCUCUUCGACUCCGAGGACCCCCGCGAACGUGAUUUCCUCAAGACCACCCUCCACCGUAUCUACGGCAAGUUCCUCAACCUGCGAUCAUUUAUCCGACGAUCCAUCAACAACGUCUUCUUCCAAUUCACCUAUGAAACUGAACGCUUCAACGGUAUCGCCGAACUCCUCGAGAUUCUUGGAUCCAUUAUCAACGGCUUCGCACUCCCCCUCAAGGAGGAGCAUAAGAUCUUCCUGACCCGGGUGCUGCUGCCUCUCCACAAGCCCAAGAGCCUCAGCAUGUACCACCCUCAACUUGCGUACUGCAUCGUCCAGUUCCUAGAGAAGGAUGCAUCGCUGACAGAAGAUGUCGUUCUUGGACUGCUGCGUUAUUGGCCCAAGGUCAACAGCACCAAGGAAGUUAUGUUCCUUAACGAGGUCGAAGAUAUCUUCGAAGUCAUGGACCCUGCCGAAUUCGCCAAGGUCCAGGAGCCCCUCUUCCACCAGCUGGCCAAGUCCGUUGCCAGCCCGCAUUUCCAAGUCGCCGAGCGUGCACUGUACUUCUGGAACAACGAAUACUUCUGCAACCUUGUUAGCGACAAUGUGGAGAUUAUCCUUCCUAUCAUGUUCGCGCCCCUGUACGAGAACUCAAAGGGCCAUUGGAACAGGACGAUCCACGGCAUGGUCUAUAAUGCCAUGAAGCUCUUCAUGGAGAUUAACCCUCAACUAUUCGACGACUGCUCCCACGACUACACUGAGCAGCAGAACAGCGCCGCUGCUCGAGAGGCUCUCCGAGAGCGCAAGUGGGCUGCCUUGAGCGAGAAGGCGGAGCAACAGAGGGAAAGCAACGGGGCGCCAGACGCGCCACGCAGCCACGUUACCUCUCUUUCCCGCGUUGACGAGGUCGACCCUGUGACGGAAGACAACCAGAAGCGCCUAGACUCGCUUAAGUUGCAGGACGGGUCCGCAACUGGCCGUCGACCAAGCCUCCAUGAGCGCCAGAACUCUGUAGGAUCUACAAGGAGUCGGUAA